AUGAAGAACCUUUUUCCCUUCCUGCUUGUCUCGACUAUCACAAACGCAAUAUUGCAUAAUAAUCACACCAACAACCCGACUAAAGCAUUUGAGAUCGCAGAUUUUGCUGAGGAUGAUGGCUACUCCAUUAGUCGUCGUCAAGACCUAUUUAUCGAUUGCUCAAGCUACUCCUCAUGGCUUAUAGCCUCACCAACUACCAUAGUGGCAAGUACUACAGAAGGGCUUGCUUCUCUAGCCUCUGUUAACCCAGCGGCCUCUUCUUCAACCAUACCAUUUGAACAAUAUUGGUGUGAAAACUACGAUGAAACGACAGAGGUUGGCGACAUCACCUUGUCCUACCAUCAAACCGACCUCUCGACCAAUUUGGACUUUCCCCAAUCGGCCAAUCCCACCGCCGUUAACUACGCAGAUCUUUUCACCAAUUGCACGAAUCCUGCGACUAUUCAAGGCCAUAAUCAAAGCUCCGUGGCGGAAACUUCUUACGAUGCCACUCAUUGCUCCCCUUUACUUCAACUACCUACCGGACUACAAUCAGUAAAUCCAGCCUGGUCAACUUGCGUGGAUACUAUGGAGGCAGAUGACACAGGCUACGUAAUCGACCCUCCACGGGCAUUAAUACCAGCCGCUGUUUUGGGCCCUGCUCAGACUAAAGAAGCAAGCCCUACGUCGGCCGCUGCCCCCGUUUCUCUGGCUUCGCACACACUGCCGCUGAAGACAGCUCCUCCAAGCGGAUCUAACGCAAUUAGCGGACCAAAAAAUGAUCCACCAACAGGAACCAAUGCAGCAGGAAACGGUUCCCCAGAAGGAAAAGAUCCGUUAGUUGGCGAUGUUCCAGGGAACGACCCGCAGGCAGGGCAAAAUCUACCAUACCCGAAUAGUGGAAAUGUAGAUCCUUCCAAAGACUCUGCGCUCGCUAAUCAACAACCUGGCCAAUUUCCGGCUGGGGGGAAAUUCAUCAACAAUGAUCCAGCUGAAGCAGGAGCGCCUUUCACCAUUACGGUGGGCGGACACGUAGUUCAGGCCGCGUCCUCCGCCAACGGUAUUCUCGUAGAUGAGCAAUCCAUUGCUCGUGGGGGAAGUUCAAUAACCGUCUCCGGUACCUCCAUUGCUCUACAUUCCAAUGGAGACUUGAUGCUUGGCACUUUGAUAGCUCAAACUAUUCUCCCAAGCCUAGCGCCCUUCAUCACUGCAGUCGGCGGACAUUUAAUUCAAGCGGCCCCUUUUCCCGGCGGCAUUCUCGUUGAUGGACAUUCUGUUACCCGUGGGGGAGAUCCGAUAACAGUCUCUGGCACCCCUAUCGCUUUACAUUCGAACGGGAACCUUGUGCUCGGCACUUCAACAGUCCCAGGUUUUCUCUCAAGCCUAGUACCUACAUCCGCUACAGUCUUCACAGUAGGCAGCCAAACCCUAACUUUAUCCUCAAACAGCCUCAUAGCUGCCGGUACAACGCUGAGACCUAAUGAUCCCGACAUUUCUAUUGACGGCACGAUCGUUUCUCUUGGCGAUUCUGAGCUGCAAAUAGGAACGAACACUAUUCCACUAAGCCAUGAUACCUCGAUACUACCGAUAACAGUAAUUACGGCAGCGGGUCAACCAUUUACUAUCCUCCCAAACCACGUAGCUAUCGCCGGAACAACAUUUACCGCGAACGCACCCGCUAUUACUUUGGCAGGGACGCCUAUAUCCUUCGGGGCCGAUCAUCUAGUAGUGGGCACAUCGACGAUUCCCCUGCCAUCCUUACCGCCAACCUCGAUAAUCACCAUCGCAGGUCAAACGUACGCCAUAUCUCAAGCUGCUAACGGAGUUUCCAUCGCAGGCACAACAAUCCAACUCGGGCAACCCGCAAUAAGAAUCUCGGGAACACCGGUCGCUCUAGACAGCUCGGCAUUGGUGAUUGGUGGCACGUCAACGAUACCGUAUCAAAGCAUCGUGGGCGUAUCCCCACUGUCAUACGGUAUCGGCGGUUUCAUCUCUGCUGGGUUGAAUGGUGGCCUUGUGCCAUUACCUACUACAGCAGGAUCGACAGCCUCUAAUCAGACACAGAAGAAUACUACGGGACCGGCUGGCGGCUCGGUUGUUUUUCUGGGACGCGGAGACAGGGUCCAAGUCCCUUUAUAUUGUCCAGCAGCAAUGACAGCAAUUAUGCUACUCAUGUGGUUCAUAGUGCCGGGGCCUUUUUUCUCGAGACAAUCGUGGUAG